GCAAAUACGUAUAGCGAAAAAUCUAAUUAUAAUUGAAUGAAAUUUUAUUGCAUUGUAUAUGCAAUUUCGAAAUGCAUUGUGCGGGAAUAAAGGCAGGUAUGUAACAAAAUUACACUUCGAUCGUAAACAAAACAAUUAGUAUCGGAAUAUUUACAACAUUAUGCUUUGUUGUAAGCAAGAAUUAGAAUAUGCCCAGUUUGUUUUGUGUGUUUUCUCUCGACCAGCUAUUUACUUGACAAUGAUUUGAACUUUGUGAGAUAAUGAUAAACUUUUAUUUACAAAAUAUUCCCAGAUAAUUCGAGCGUUCGUGGACAGUGAGUCCUGGUAGUGAGCUCGUGUCCGGCGAACAUCGGUGAAUGGAAAAGUCAGUUACGUCCUUGAUGAGAAACUUUAAGGAAAAAUGGAUAAAGAAACGUUCGGUCCAAGAAAAAUGCAUGAAAAUCCACCAUCAGACUUCAGCGAUUCCAGCACUUCCAGCAAAGACAGCUUCAUUCUGCCCGAUCUCCAGCCUGCAGGCCAAUUCCCGAGAAGUAAAUCGUUGUCUUGCAUAGUCCCGGAGAACUUCACGACCGCAGAAGUCAGGAGAAUACAGGAAAGAUUAAUCAGAGCCAGCGGUACCGAGGACACCACGAGCCUGAGGAACCUAUCCCGCUCGCAGAAGAUGACCUUGGCCUCGCUGGCCUUGGUCGACUUCAUGAGCUUCUGCUCGACGUCCAUAAUGGCGCCGUUUUUCCCGAGGGAGGCGCACGAGAAGGGCGUAUCGGCCACCUUCACCGGCUUGGUGUUCAGCUUCUACGCUCUGGUCAUGUUCAUUUCGUCGCCUAUUUUCGGAAAAAUCACGCCCAAAUUCGGGGCCAAGUUCCUGUUCCUGCUGGGCAUAUUCGCUGCGGGAACUGGCAAUAUUUUAUUCGGGCUGUUAGAGUAUAUCGAAAAUUACACUCUUUUUGCGACGCUUUGCCUGCUUAUCCAAGGCUUCGAAGCCUUAGGAGCCAGUGCGUAUUCCACUGCCAGUUACAUAUUCGUAAUUAAGUCGUUUCCUAAUAACAUCGGAUCAGUAAUAGGUAUUUUAGAAACGUUUGUCGGUCUUGGAAUGAGCACAGGGCCUGUAGUAGGAGGUUUAUUAUAUUCGCUCGGUGGAUUUAGUUUGCCAUUUUUUGUGUUAGGUGUAGCCAUGGUGCUGACUUUCCUGGUGAACAUUUGGCUGUUGCCCAAUAUCGAAGACUGUGAUAAUUUGACCAACAAAUCGAUGUCUAUCACAAAAUUAAUCAAGAUUCCGGCUGUGUUCAUUAAAGGAUUAGUAAUCGUGAUGGUAUCGAACGUGUGGUCGUUUUUAGAUCCCACUCUGGAGCCCCAUUUGAGAGAUUUCAAUUUGACCCCGGAGCAGGUAGGUCUAAUAUUUCUGCUGAUGGCUGCUCUGUAUGGAAUCUCGAGCCCCGCUUGGGGCUGGUUAGCCGAUAGAAUCGACAAUCAUUGGUCGAUGAUGGUGGUGGGUCUUUUCAUGUCGGCUGUAGGAUUGCUGUUGUUGGGACCUUGCCCGUUUUUGCCGUUUUUGAGCCAUAGCCUGUGGAUGGAUUUAUUCGCGCUGUCCAUCAUUGGAAUAUCGGUAGCUCUGGCAUUGAUGCCAACUUUUCAAGGAAUUUUAACGUCAGCAGCAAACGGCGGAUAUUCAGACACAAUGGCGACUUACAGCGUUGUAGCAGGAAUAUGGUCCUGUAUGUACUCUCUGGGCGAUUUUAUAGGACCGGGAAUAGGCGGGUUUCUUUUAGAAAAGUACGAUUUCCCUAUAGCAUCUACUAUAAUGGCAAUCGGAUCGUUAUCUUUGGCUAUCAUUACAACUAUAUUUUUCCUGUUAAAAUCUAACGACUCGGCGGUGAAUGAAGCUACUUCCGAUAGCGGUAUAAACGAAUCUUGGGGUAGCUCCAAAAUUAGUGCGUCCAACGAAAAUACUCCUUUACUGCUAACGACGAUAGAAGGAAGUUGUCAAUCGUAUAACGGGCAGAGACAGUAUUAUACUCAAAACAACGAAUCGUUAGACCAAUACGCGAACGUGUCGGAGGUAAAAUCUACAAUUUCUGUUUCGAUAACUGGUCGAGGAUCCUCCGAAAUUUGAGAAUACUUUCCAUCGAAGCUCCCAAGUUUUCAUACGACCAUUAUGACAUUGUAAGAUAUUAAUAAAAUUGUAGAAAAAACUAAGGAUUAAGUAAUGUAAGUUUUCAACUAAUAAAAAGCACGUCUGUAAUAAUUAAUUUAUUAUACUAUUUUACAUACGCAGACAAAAUAUCACUCGUUCAAUAUUUUGCAAGUCUUAUUUAAUACAAGUUUUGUGCACGAAUACACCAAACUGCGCUCGAAACGUUUCCGUUAAUUAUUGGCUUUGAUUGUAAUUAAAAUAUUGCACUGCAAUAAACAUAGAUGCGCUUAGCUACCAAAAAACUGUGCAUUCAAUUUGGUCGCUUAACGACAUUUUUGCCAUAAAUUACCAAUAAUUAAAAUGGAUAAAAACUCGUAGAAAGAAAAAUCGUAAACACGCCAAUUAAUAAUUCGGACUAGACGAAUUGAAUAUUUGUAUGCAAAGUAAUAACCACUGGUUUAUUUGGAUAUACAGGGGGUCCCACUUAGGAAAAAAGGUACAAAAGUUCUGUAACAUUAUAAUUUAUAAUGAUAAAUUUAGUUGUUUUAAGUUUGAGAUUUACCGAGAUAUUAAUUUUUUAAAUUUGUAUCUCCACUUAAAAGGCCUAAAACUACUCAGGAAUGUAAUUUUGUAUUCAGUGGAGUUGGGUUAAACAAAAAAAAUUGUGCUUCUUAUGCGAGACACCCUGUAUUUUAUGUCAUUCUACAAAAUGCAUGAUUUUAAUCAAUUGCUUCUUGAUUCGGGCUAUCGUAAUAAUAGUAACGCAUGAUAUGUUAGAAACACGAAAAUGCUUUCAUAUUAAUUAUGUUAAAUACAAGUCAAAAUCGGAAGUUCCGGUGAAAAGAUGUAUUUUUUUGAAUGGCACGAAAUCUACUAUUAUUAGCGUAAAAAAAUCAUUCUGAACUAAUGAGUGGUAUAAGUACAAGGCCAAUUCCAGAAGUUCACCUCCAUCUUGAAAUUCAUUUUUACUCAAGAAGUUUUCUUAUAGGUUGAUAGAAAAUAUUGGACUGCUAAGUCGCUAUAAUAAGCAAAUAAUUUGGUUGUUUAUCUAAUAAGAAAUUCAUAUCUUUUUGUUUACAAUAUUUACUGCCGCUUUUUGAUAAAUAAAAAAUGUUGAGAAAAUCAUCCCUUAAUUUUAUCCCCAUACUCUCUUACUCAAUUUUUUAGAAAAAAAAGGCUAUUAUUGUCUCGAUUUUCCCACAGCCUUGUACAUAAUCAAAUUCAAACAGCAACUACAUCCUCAAGACAGUAAAUAAUAUAAACAAAUAAAUACUGGAUUUUAUUAUUACGAUUAAAUUAAAUCACAAAAAAAAUAUACAUUAAAAUAAACUUUCCAUAAAAAUACCACUCAGUCGACUUUGACCACGCUAUAAAUCUUCCUAAUAAACCAGAAACAAGCAAAGAAACCUAUCGUACCCGUCAGGAGAUUAAACAAAAACACCAUGAUAAUCGUGUACCCAAAGUACAGAAACGCCGAAGCGGCAUCUUCGAUUUGCAGCUUGGUAAAGAAGUAAUGGCAACAGUACAAGAAGAGAUAAACCGCCGUGAAACCCGACGUCAUGUACGAUCUCCACCACCAGUGAUAAUCCUCGGCGCACAGAUGGAAAUAGCACAGCAGAAUCGUCGUUUCGGCGCAAGUUAUCACCAGUAUAAUGAACACCAAAAACAGGAAACCGAACAUGUAGUACAUCUGCGACGACCAAAUGGAUUUCAAUAUGAAGAACAGCUGGAUGAAGAUGCAUCCAAACGGCAGCACGCCGCCCAUUAUGAUGCUCGGUAUCGGUUUCGUGUACACCGAUUGUUCCGGGAUGAGUCUCGGUAUUUGAUUGGUCCUUACUGGGUGUUCCAAAGCCUAUUAAAUAUUACAUGCGAUUAUUUAUUUUAUAUAUAAUUUAGUGCUAAUUAAUUACCCUUUUUCUGAAUCCAAAGAAUGCACCGAUAAAAGUCAGUGGAACUGAUACAAGCCACCAAAGCGCCAGCAAUCCAAUCAACGUACUAAACGGAACAGCUGCGGAACUAUCUUUCGCCCAAAGUACCAGAUUCAUGAUGAAAAAUAAUCCAAACACAAUGCUACAACAAAACACAUUAUAAAACAACUCGAUAUCUUCCUAACAUUCGUAUUUACCCAGUCGCUAGCAUCGAAGUUAGCAGUACGUUAGAUUUCCAUUUCUCGCCUCCGAAACUCUUGUAUAUCCUAGCGGAAAUGUACCCGGCAGGGGAACCCAGCAGGACGUACAGCACCAUGGCGCAUGUCAUUAGAGCCCCGCGAUUGGCAGGACUAAGAAAACCUAGGCAAGCAAACGCCAGCGUGACUAACGUCAUGAAGAACACCUGCACGCCGGAGCCCAGCAAUACGGAGAGCAGCAUGCCUUUCCUCGGCGGCCGGAACACGUCUCCGUGCACCAGCUUCCAGCCAAACUCCUCCUUAAAAAUUAACACUAGUUAUAGCAACCGAUUACUACUAAUUAGCAAUUGUAUCGUACUUGAGCGUCUUCUCCGUUGUCGAUUUGAUUGUACCUCGCGAUGUCCUUGUGCAAUGUUCUCAGUAGAAUCAUGGCCACCAUGCCGGAUAGAAACACAACUAUAACCAGCGAGUUAAGAAUGCUGAACCAUUGUAUGUUUGUGUGAGGUAUCGAUUCGAGGAUGUAGUCCCACCUAGAUGACCAUUUCACGUGGUCAUCUUGCACAAACGUGAUGCUGUAUGUAUAUAUGAUAUCGAAGGUUUCCCCGGGCUUUAGAUUAUCGUUCGGGAUCGCAAGGGGUUCGGUUUCGAAUUGAGAACAAUUGUGCCUGAAAAUUACUUAUAAACUACCUAUCAAAUUUCGAAUAUAUGCUUACCCUUUGUAGUCGAUACUCCUCGGAAUGACUUUAACUGAGAUAAUCCUUCCUCCGUUUUCGUGGAAUUUGCUACCCCAUUCCUCGUGGGCUCCGGAAUGAUAUGUAAUAGUUAGAUUAACGUGAUUGUAAAUGUAGUUGGCGUUCUCUCUUCCAACGUCUUCGAGACAGUUGUGCCGGCCGUUCCUCGAGAAACAGCCCAUCGGGAAGCCGGUCCUGCAAUCGUCCUUGUCGUAGCAAGUAGUGAUAGGCAUGUUGUCGACGAUCCAAUGAUGCUGGUAUUUGAGGCUGAUGCCCUUUCGCAGCAUGCUGAGUUGCAAAUUGUCGGCGUACUUGUCCCCGGAAUACUUCUUGUGGCACACGACUUUGCAAGUUUCGUUCUUCAUGAAUUCUAUUUCGUAGGGCGAAGGUCUGAUGCGUUCGCCGAAUACGACUUGACCCAAAUUUUCCACGGGCGAUUUCUCAUUGUUUACGGGCAGGCAGAAGUCGAAAUGAUGGUAUUCGUAAGGUAUUACGGAUUCGUCAGUGUUCAAUCGAUUCACAAAUAAUUUGACUUCGGACUAAAAAAUAUUAAGUCGUAAAUAGGUGUAUCGUCAUCGUUUUAGUAAAUCCGCUUACUUUACAACCAUCCAAUGGUUCGUCUUUCUUACAAUAAUUUACAGGAGCCAGACCGGGAAGAUAGAACGAUUCGACGGCUACAUUGAUGCAAAAAAUUAAAACGACCGUUUUCAACAUUUCGAACUCGCGUUAAUUUCAUCUAUUUUCAAUGUAUUUUGUAAGUUUACACGUUGAGCGGUUGGCAGUUUCCAAACGUCACCAUGUACAAUUGAUCCGAAAACUGAUAAGCAUUUGAAGUACGUUGUCGAAAUCGCUAAAGUAAAC